AUGGCAGCUGUUGUACACAAUGUACUGGAACAAUUCAAUAUUACGGGACGACUUUUUUGCGUGACAACUGAUAAUGCAUCAAACAAUGGAACAAUGCGCAAGGAACUUGAGAGCUACAUGAGAAGUACUACACAAGAAGUAGAGUGGAGUAGUGAUGCAACAAAAAUACCAUGCAUGGCGCAUGUUAUACAGCUAGUUGUAAAAGCUAUGCUAAAGGCCUUCAAUGUCGACAUGGCUGAAGAAGUUAUAGAUGUUACUGGUGUUUCAAUUACUGAUGAUACGACAGUCACAUCAGCUAUUAGAAAGAUACGCACUCUUAGCAAUCUUGUGAGCAGGUCUGCAAAGAAAACUGAAUUAUUGCUCCAGAAGCAAUCUGAUAUAGAAGCAAAGAGACUACUGCAGCUAAAACGGGAUAUUGAUAUACGCUGGAAUUCUAUGUCUUACGAGUUUACUGCUGCUAUUACUGCAGGUGUUGCAAAGUUAAGGCACUAUUAUACUGAAACUGGUGGUCCUGUUGAACAGACGUAUGCUCUUGCUGCAAUUCUUGAUCCAUCUCAGAAACUGGACAUUUUUAACGCUCCUGAAUGGGACCGUUCCCACUCAAAGAAGUACUGCCAAAUAUUCUUAGAUUACUGGAAGGCUUACUAUCAAAAAGAUUCGAGGGACCAGCAUGAGGCAGUACCGCCUUGCCCCUAUACACCAACAAGUCUUAAUGCGGUAUUUCGGAUGAACCGGCAGCUACAUAAAGGGUGGCAGAGCCCAUCAAGUACCAGCUAUAAUGAAGCUGAGCGUUAUUUAAAUGCGCCAGUGGUUAGUGCUGAUGCAGAUACUCCAGUGCUCCUAGUGUGGAAGACCUUAGAGCUCUCUUACCCUUCAGUUGCGAAGAUGGCAAGGGAUAUCCUUGCAGUACCAGCUACUGGUACUGGAGUUGAGCGCAUAUUUAAUAUUGCCCGCGAUAUCCAUGAAUACCACAGGGCACAAAUGAGUACGGCUACAGUUCGAGAGUCGAUGAUUGUUAAACACUAUCAUAGGUAUAAGUGGGAACUUGAUAAUCAUUGGGAUAAUAUAGACCAUGUCUUUGGCGCUCCUGACCCAGACUCUAUAAUUGAGGACUCUGAUCGACAAGUUGCUAUGACGAUGGAUGCUGAACAAGACCUACCAGACCCAUCAACGCCACAUAGAGCUACACAAGGUCGCAAUGGAAGAUUGGAAACUCAGAGGAAGCGAAAUUUUGGGGUUCUAAAUAAGGACCUUCAGAAUGAUGAAGCCUCCAUUGAUACUCCUCGACAUUCGCAACGACUUAGAAGGUAG